CACAAACCACAGUCUUUUGUCAUAUGACUUGAGUCCACUCUAUUCUUUCUAUGCUGGAGCCCAUGACUCCUGAAUCUGUUGCUGAGAAGCCAGAGAAAUCAUGCAUAUGCAGGAUAAUGUGUGUUAGGAAUCACUACUGUGAAGUCAAUUACAGCUUUGGGCAGUAGAUUUGAGUCAGGAGUCCACCAUGUGGUCCAAUAUCAGUGCUGGCCCUUUUCUACUGACUGGCUUCCCAGGUCUGGAGAUAUUUCAUCCUUGGAUUUCUAUUGCAUUCUUUGUGAUCUAUAUCUCCAUACUCCUUGGCAAUGGCACCCUCCUCUUUCUUAUCAGAGAAGACCACACUCUUCAUGAGCCUAUGUACUACUUUCUGGCUCUCCUGGGAGCCACAGACCUUGGUGUGACUUUGACAACAAUGCCCACCGUGCUUGGUGUUCUGUGGCUGGAUCACAGGGAGAUCAGCCAUGGAGCCUGCUACUUCCAGGCCUAUCUGAUUCAUUCACUAUCAAUCGUGGAGUCUGGAGUCUUGCUUAUCAUGGCCUAUGAUCGUUUCAUUGCCAUCUGCAAUCCCCUAAGAUACACCUCCAUUCUUACCAAUGCUAAGGUGGUGAAGAUAGGUCUGGGGGUUCUAAUGAGAGGAUUUAUACUUAUUGUGCCCAUAAUUAUCACCCUCUCCAGAUUCCCCUACUGCAGAUCCCAUGUCCUCUCCCAUGCCUUCUGCUUGCACCAAGAUGUGAUCAAACUAGCCUGUGCUGACAUUACCUUCAACAGACUCUAUCCUAUAGCCCUGGUCUCAUUAACUGGCUUCUUGGACUCCAUGCUUAUCCUUAUCUCUUAUAUCCUAAUCCUUAAGACUGUUAUGGGAAUUGCAUCCCAUAAGGAGCAGGCAAAGGCUCUAAACACUUGUGUUUCCCAUAUUAGCUGUGUUCUGGUUUUUUAUGUCACUGUGACUGGGCUAACCCUCAUUCAUCGCUUUGGAAAAUACGUGCCACAUGUAGUGCAUAUUAUCAUGAGCUACGUCUACUUUCUCUUUCCUCCAUUCAUGAAUCCAAUAAUCUAUAGUAUUAAGACCAAGCAGAUCCAGAAUGGUAUCAAUCGCCUUCUCUCUUUCCAUAGAACUUUACCUUGAUCUCUUUACUCAGGAGGUUCUCCCCAUUGAAAGAUGAUUUUCUUGGUAGAAUUACCUAUAUGGUGCCAAUGUGUCUUAGAAUGAAAAGCUCUGGUGUUCCCAUUAUGGAAAAGAUGCAGGGCUAUUGCUCUGAUUUAGCCCCUUGCCUCAUCACAUCACCAAUGACACUUAUCUUAGUUUUUUUGCACCGGAAAAGAUUGGGAGAUUGAUUUGUUUCUUUCUAUCAUUUUCUACUCUGGCAGAAUCACUUAACUUAAUGGUUACCAAUGAUACUUUAAGUUAUUACAGAGUCUAUACAAAGAAAUGAGAAUGAAAUCACUUGAGAGAGUUUCAAGCACUGUGUGGAAAACAGUGUAAAUAUUACCUCUGUGCUUUCAGUAUAUCAGAGGUGAUGAAGUGUUUUAGGCAACAACCCCUGCUACUGCAGGACAUUAGAGUGGAUCAAAAAUAGAAGAGAGUAAG